ACCACUGAUUGUCCACAUACUCUACUCGGGGCUCAAUGGUACAGUGUCUAACGGUUUUUGUGGACGCUAGGCAGAUUUUUCGAAUGUUCAUGGCCAUUACACAAGACACCAAACGCAAGAUGGCGACAAAGGACACGCCCUCUCAGAGCCCGGGGCAACAGAAGCGUCAUACGUAUGUCAACAUCAAACCUGACGGACACGCCUACGUCAACGUGGAACCUAAAAGUAAAUCCAACCGAGAGCCGAAAGGAGUGCUGUUCUAUGCCGUGACAGACUACUCCCCUAUGCAAAUGCACCGACAGGGCAUUCCACUCAAGGCUGGCGAUGUUGUUGAGGUGUACAGUUUUGACCAGGACUGGUGCUUUGUGGUGAGUUACCCGAAGUCCUGCUCCAAACCCAUCGAGGGUUGGGUACCGCGCCACAUCCUGCGGGAGAUGGGUACUCACUGCUGCGUGCCAACAUCCCCUGGUAAGUUAUACAGAAAUCGAAAACAUUUGUGAAUGUUUGACAAGUUG